GACAUCUCUGAGUGGCGAACUCCAAGAAGCAGCUAAGCUGGUUGAGCUAUGGCGUCUGCUGUGAAUAUCUGCUCUAGUAGUUAUCCAUGCCUUGCGGUUAAAUUUUCCAAUGAUUUUUCCUCCUCUCGUCUUCCUCCUUCUGCUUCUCCAUUUUCAGGGCGCUGUAACCCUAGAUUUUCUUCAAUCAGGUGCCAGUCAUCUACGAGUACCGAUGAAACCAAAGCAGCUAAAAAAAUGACCUUACUAGACAAUGCAAGCAAUUUCCUUACCAAUUUCUUGAGUGGAGGAAAUAUAGGACCUAUGCCAAUUGCUGAAGGUGCAGUUUCGGAUCUUUUCGGCAAGCCACUUUUCUUCUCACUUUACGAUUGGUUUAUAGAGCAUGGGUCAGUAUAUAAACUUGCUUUUGGACCGAAAGCAUUUAUUGUUGUUUCAGAUCCCAUUGUUGCAAGAUACAUUCUUCGUGAAAAUGCAUUUUCCUAUGACAAGGGUGUUCUUGCUGAUAUAUUGGAACCAAUAAUGGGAAAAGGACUCAUACCUGCCGACCUCGACACUUGGAAACAGAGGAGAAGAGUCAUUGCUCCUGGAUUCCACUCGCUUUACUUGGAAGCUAUGGCUAAAGUGUUCACUGACUGCUCUGUGAGAAUGACAAAGAAGUUUGAUAACAUUUUAGAUGAAAUGGCUUCAAAAGGAGAGAAUAAAAUAGAGUUAGAUCUAGAAGCCGAAUUUUCUAGUUUGGCUCUUGAUAUUAUUGGACUUGGCGUCUUUAAUUAUGACUUUGGUUCUGUCUCCAAAGAAUCCCCAGUUAUUAAGGCUGUAUAUGGUACUCUUUUUGAAGCUGAGCAUCGUUCGACAUUCUACAUUCCUUACUGGAAAAUCCCUUUAGCAAAUUGGCUUGUUCCUCGACAGCGAAAGUUCCAGAAUGACCUUAAAGUCAUCAAUGAUUGUCUUGAUGGUCUGAUACAAAAUGCAAAAGAGACCAGAGAGGAAGCCGAUGUUGAGAAAUUGCAACAAAGGGACUACUUAAAUAUCAAGGAUGCAAGUCUCUUGCGCUUUUUAGUUGAUAUGAGAGGAGUAGAUGCUGAUGAUCGUCAGCUAAGAGAUGACCUAAUGACGAUGCUUAUUGCCGGACAUGAAACAACAGCGGCUGUUCUUACCUGGGCUGUUUUCCUUCUUGCACAAAAUCCGGCAAAGAUGAAGAAAGCACAGGCAGAGAUUGAUUCGGUGCUCGGACAGGGGAGAACAACAUUUGAAUCAAUAAAGAAACUAGAGUACUUGAGACUUAUUGUUGUGGAAUCUCUCCGUCUGUUCCCACAACCUCCAUUGCUCAUUAGACGAUCUCUCAAACCAGAUAAACUACCAGGUGGUUACAAUGGCGACAAAGAUGGAUAUUCGAUCCCAGCUGGGAGUGAUAUAUUUAUUUCUGUAUACAAUCUCCAUAGAUCUCCGUAUUUUUGGGACAACCCCAACGACUUUGAGCCUGAGAGAUUCCAAGUGCAAAAAUCGAGCGAGGUUGAAGGUUGGGCUGGUUUCGAUCCAUCUCGCAGCCCAGGAGCAUUGUACCCAAACGAGGUUAUAUCGGAUUUUGCCUUCUUGCCUUUCGGUGGAGGGCCGAGAAAAUGUGUCGGUGACCAGUUUGCCCUCAUGGAAUCGACUGUAGCGCUGGCAAUGUUAUUACAGAAAUUUGAUGUAAACCUAAGAGGAUCUCCAGAUUCUGUGGAACUGGUUACAGGAGCAACCAUUCACACCAAGAAUGGGUUAUGGUGCCAACUAAGGAAAAGGCCCUCAGACAGUCAUUAAUUUUUCAUCAGAUUAGUAUUUGUAAUUUUUCAUAUAAUAAAUACUACUUAAUAUAUUGAUUACUUAUGAUUAUUAAGUAUAAUAUAAUUGAUGUAAUACCAUUCCUCUUUGUUUCGC